UAUCCCAACAACAAUAGUACUACUAUUUGAGUAUGGCAAAUCUUAAAUUGCUCUCUCUUUAUCUUUCUUUCUGUAUCAUCUCAACUCUUCCCGGGAGCUCUAGUGGUCCCCCUAGUUGUGUCCCAUCCGGCGGCUUCAACUGCGGGAACCAACCCUGUUCUCCUAAGCUUGUCUCCGGCCCCUCCCCGUGCUCCCCUCCCACACGCGCCAAACUUACUAACAAAUAUUUUAGCGGAGGAGGCGAUGGCCGACGGAAAUCGGAGUGUGAUGAGCAGUACCACGACAAAUCGGAACUGGUCGUGGGUCUGUCUAGCAGAUUGUUCGACAAUGGAUCGAGAUGUGGGAAGAUGAUUCGCAUAGCUGCUAGUAAUGGGAUGAAUGUGAUGGCUAAGGUUGUAGAUAAGUGCGAUUCAAUGCGCGGUUGUGACGAGAAACAUAACAUUGUUGUUGGAUCGGAUGGUGUGUGGAAUGCUUUGGGGCUGGAUAUGAGCUUAAGAAAAGUGGACGUUACUUGGUCCAUGGUGUAGGUAAUAUUAUCCUGUGUUGUUGGAGUUGAUCAUUCAUCUCUUUUAAAGACCAAGAACCUGAUAUACCCAUGGUUUUCUCUCAAUAAGAAAGUUCUGUAUGACUAAGAAGCUAUGACCAACUCACUUAUAUACUCUA